AUGCGGAAUUUAAAGAUCGAUGAUAACCAACUAAAGGAAUUGAUAAAUAAGUCAUAUAAUAAACUAUAUGGACAGUUCACCUCAAAUGAAUUGUAUGAGGUUGGUAAUUAUAAAAUAUUAAAGCAAGUAGGGGAAGGCAGUUUUGGGAAAGUCUAUUUGGCUAUACAUAGGCCAACACAUAGGAAAGUGGUUUUAAAGAGUAGUUCUAAAACAGAUCCAAAUGUUGUAAGAGAAGUUUUUUAUCACAGACAAUUCGAUCACCCUUAUAUUACAAAAUUAUAUGAGAUUAUAAUCACGGAGACAAAGGUAUGGAUGUCAUUAGAGUAUUGUCCCGGGAAAGAAUUAUAUGAUUAUCUUUUGGUUAUGAGAAGAAUUCCAUUAGAUGAAUGUUCCCGUUUAUUUGCUCAAAUAGUCGGAGCAGUUUAUUAUGCACAUUCCUUAAACUGUGUACAUAGAGAUUUAAAAUUAGAAAAUAUUUUGUUGGAUAUGCAAGGUAAUGCAAAAUUGGCUGAUUUUGGUUUUACAAGAGAAUGUGCAACUAAAAAUCAAUUAGAAACUAUAUGUGGCACAACUGUAUAUAUGGCCCCUGAAUUGCUACGAAGGGAUACGUAUGAUGGAUUUAAGAUUGAUAUUUGGUCACUUGGUGUAAUAUUAUAUACGUUGAUUAACGGUUCUAUGCCUUUUGAUGAAGAAGAUGAAACGAGAACUGAAUGGAAAAUUAUUAAUGAAGAACCAGACUAUAAUGAAAAGAUUUUUAAUGCUAAUUCCAUCGAAUUGAUUAAAUCACUUCUUAUAAAGGAUCCUAAAAAGAGACCAAGUAUGACAGAAAUUUUAAAGCAUAAAUUUUUAGAACCAUAUGGUGAAUCUAUAUUAGAGGAAGCAGAUAAAAUUCUUUUGAAACAAAGAAACAGUAUGUUAAAUUUUAAUACGAAAACUGAGAAAAGGUUACUGAAAAUGCUGAAAAGAUCAGGAUUUGAUACUCAAGCAAUCAAAAGCUCUGUUCAAAAGAGGAAAUGCGAUUCUUUAUCUGGGCACUGGUAUUUAUUGCUUGAACAGGAGAAGGAGUCGCCAAAACUGCAUAAAUCACAUCUAAAUAAAUCUAUAUUAUCAUUAACGAAAGUAUUUGAAGAUGCUGAUGAAAAAAAUGAAGAACUUAUCGAUAACUUAGAUACGAAUUUAAUAUUAUCAAGGACUACAUCUCUACAUCGGAAUACAAGUAAUGGCAAGGAUACAUCUCUAUCAAAUGAAGAAUCUCUAGUUGGAGCUUCUCUUGAACCGACUAUUACCAAAAAUUCUAUAUUAAGCUCAUCAACCUUCAGCAAUGACUUCAUGAAUAGUAAGAAUAAACUCUUCAAAAGGAUGACAAAAUUUUUUAAAAGUAAAAAUAAUCAAUAUUUCAUGGCUAGUGCUGAUCAGGAUUCCAUUAACGCCGGCUCAGUUGGCACAGCACUUUCAAGGUUAAGUCUUGAGAAUAAAAGAAAGAGAUUAGAAUCCACUGAAAAUAAUAUAAAAUUAGAAGUGCAUAAAUUACCUGAGGACAAUCCAAAUAUUACUAAUGGUACUAAAAAGGAUUCUUUGAUUAAUAAAAAGAAAGAAAUCGUAAUUGUAAGUAAUAGAAAUAGUUCUUCGCGAAAUUAUGGAAAUAUGAGCAAUACCAAAUCGGGAAACUUCAGUGAAUUUUCUGAUAAUACAUCUAUUGAUAAUUAUAAUGAUUCUGAGUCAUUAAGCAAUAUGCAUUUUUCUUUGGCAAGUAAUGCUAAAGUACUAGCACCCCUUAAUUCAAGAUUGGCGACAUCAAUUUCUCAACAUUCUCAGCUAUCAAAUGACACAUACGCAUCCGAUUAUUCUACUGAUGGGAACAAUUCAUCUUCGCAUAAACAAGAGUUUACAAAGUACAGAUCAGGUAAAAAGCAAAACACUACUAGUUUAAAUAGAACCGAAAAGAUAUUAAAUGUAUAUGGGCGCAAAUUUGUUAGAAGAGAUAAAAGUAUUAUAUCUACAACAUCAAGUACAUCAGAAAUAAGUUCGAGAGCAGACUCUUUCUAUGAUUUGGCUACAGUAAGCUUGCCAACUCCUAAUGAGAAGUACUCCUCUGAUAUACCAAAUGCAAGGAAACAUAAAUUGUCUAGAUUUGAUACUAAAAAAUCAUGGCUUCCUGGCGAAGGUCAUAGCAGCAGAAAUAAUGUAAGACGUAGAAGAAGUGCAAAACAUAACAAUUAUAAGAAUACAGUUGCCGAAAAUCAAUUUGUUAUCCAAGAAGAAAGCUCUAUUGACAGUGAUGAGAAUAAUUUACAAUCUAAUAAUGACUUACUUCUAUCACCAAGAAUUAACUUACAUGAUUCUGAAAUCAACUCAUCAGGUAAUGAUGACGAUUUGAAUUAUAAACCUUUUUCAUCUAAAACCUUUCUACAAACUAACACUUAUGGAAGACAUGAAACCAUUUUAAAACACCGUUCUUUGAGUAAUGAUAGUGAAUGGUCGCAUAGAAUGUCUAAUGGGCAAGAUGAUAUCAGUUCUAUGGCUGUUGAAGAAGAUGAUGAUGGCUCUGAUGUAGAUAUGUCUUCGUAUAAUCAACAAAUACCAAACAAUUUGAAAUUUGAGAGAGAAUCAUUAUAG